UUGAUUCUUUACUGCGGCUGAAAUAUUCAUUUUUAGAGCGUUAGUGAAUUAAAAAAAAAAGCAGUAUAAAAACCGGAAUGUCCAACUGAUAAGAGCUCUUGUUGACGGCAACGGCCAACGGUCCGUUUUUAAAAACGGACCGGUGCCCGUAGUUCAGUAGUCUUCAGGUGUAUAUGAACGUUUGUUCACGCAACGGGAGUCGAUCCGUUGGCUGCCUUCCCGCCGGCUACACAUCCGAUCUCCCUCGAGCGACGUUCAUCGGCCCGAUGCAGUGAAUCGUGCAAGUGAAUGCAAGUCUGUUGAAGACGUCGGACGGACAUCCGUUUUAGCUCCCCAACAAUUUUGUUUAGUUUGUGUUUAAAAGGCUCCACGUGUGUACAUAAAAUAUGGAUCACCAAAUUGAUAUAGAAGCUUUAAUUAGUGCCGUGGAAAAGAGACCAGUACUAUGGGACAAAACCACAGAGAUUUACAAAAAUAAGCAGCUCAAUUUUACGGCAUGGAAAUAAAUCUGCAUGAUUUUACGAGUAGGUACAUGAAAGCUUCGAUACAUUAUCGGACAAAGAAAAAAACGAUGUUGGCAAAGAAGUUAUAAAGAAGUGGAGUAAUGCAAGAGAUAACUGGAUGAGAUGUUCUAAGAAAAUGAAAGAGUACAAGUCAGGUUCUGAAGCAAAGCCAAUUACAAAAUAUAAAUUUUAUGAGCAGAUGCAAUUUUUAAAUAAAAUUGUGAGUCAUCGACCAACAGAAACAAAUAUGCCAUCUGCUGAAACCGACGUAGAAACCGCGGUCAAAGAUGACUGUUCAGUCCCAAAAAAGAGAGGGAAGAAAGAAGUUAAAGAGGAUCCCUUGAACAAAAGGAUUAGUAACCUACUAGACUCUUCCGAAAAAGAAGACAAUAGCAGAAUAAUGUGUUUUUUUAAAGGAAUUGCACCGACCAUAGAAAAAUUUUGUGAUGCUGAUAUCGUAAAUUUUCAGUACGAGGUAAUUAAAGCCAUGCGAAACAUUCAGAAAAAAAAUAUGCCGCAGCAUAGUUUGCAGCCCCAGAGAAAUUACUAUGAAAACAACAAUUCAAUGACAUUUCAAUCACAAUCACUUCAGAUUGCCCAGAAUAAUAUGAAUUCAAAUUCAUAUGGGGGAUAUCGUACUACACCAUCGACUUCAACUACAAAUUAUCGUGAAAAUACAUUGAACGAAUCACGUCAAUAUGAAACAUUACAUGUUAGAGUACCAUCUUCGCCGACUGAUGAAUAUUCUUUGGGACCGUCAUCAAUCGACAGUCAACAUUCAUCCGUGAGUCAAAGCUAUAAUAUAGAUUUCGAUUUUGCAAAAUCACCCGGGUCCUAUCAAUAAUUUUUUGUCUUAUGUAUUAACUUGACUUUGAAUAUUAUAAAACUUAAUCAAUACGUUAGAAGUUUUAUUUAUAUUGUAUUAACAAUAACAUAUUCAUACAUACCUAAUGGUUACAGCUAAUCUUUCAGCAGGUGAAAUGGGUAGGCGCAUAUUAGUGUCAGCACGUUUUAAUUUAUUAUGUACCAUUCCUAAUAAUUUGCGAAAACUCUCUUGAGUCAUGCGAAAGAAAUUAAAAAAGUUAGUUUCGUC